AUGAACCAAACCGAACAUUGUGUUGAUGUUAAUGUUAUACUUCACAAAUUUGGUGAUUAUACAACUUAUUGGGAGACGAUUGUAAGUUUUAGAAAGUCCCCGGAGAAAAAAAACAAAGGGUCAAACACGAGGUGCUCUUUUUUUUUGAUGGUCACAUGAGAAUUUGGAAAAACAACAAAAAACAAAUCUCUGAAAAAAUAUGUCUUUUUGCAGAUUGCUUAUACUUCAUUUUACGGGUUCAUUUUUAUUGGUGGAAUUAUUGGAAAUGGUCUACUGAUUGCUUCAAUUCUUGUUCGCAAAAAACUAUCGGUCGCCAAUAUUUUCUUGAUAAAUUUGGCUGUUUCAGAUCUAGUUAGUGAAAAAAAUAUUUUUUUAUUCCAAUUGUGUCUUUCAAAAAUGUUUUUUUCCAGCUUCUUUGUAUUACUGCGGUUCCAAUUACACCAGUUCUUGCUUUCAUGAAACGUUGGAUUUUUGGAUUAUUUAUGUGCAAAAUGGUUCCAGCUUGUCAAGCCUUUUCAGUUCUUAUUUCAUCAUGGUCUCUUUGUUUUAUUGCAAUCGAUCGAUAUCGAAGUAUUGUAACCCCAUUAAAAGAUCCUUGGUCCACAAAACAUGCAAAAAUGUUUUUGAUGAUUACUUGGGGUGUUGCUUUUCUUGCGAGUUAUCCAUUGUCCACUUCACAGAAUUUGAGAAGUCUUAAAGCACAUGUGAAUGUUACACUUUGCGAAGUCGUAUGUUUUUAUUUCUUGAACUUGUUUUCAAACUCAAUGAUUUUCUAUUUUUCAGUUUUGCGGAGAAUUUGAUUGGCAAUCUGAUCAAUAUUCGAAACUUGUUUACACAACAUCACUUUUUCUAAUUCAACUUAUUGUUCCUUCUUGUAUUAUGUCAUUUUGUUAUUGGAAAAUACUACAAAAAGUUCGUACAGAUUGGCUUGUUGACGAAGGAUCAAUGUUGACCGCCGCACAGCAGGUUUGUCUUUCUUAUCAAAACAAUUGCAAACCGGCUUUCUCGUGUGGGGGUAUAGCUCAGUGGCAGAGCAAUCGACUGCAGAUCGAUAGGUCCCCGGUUCAAAUCCGGGUGCCCCCUAUUUUUUUGUAUUUUUUUCUAAUACAAAAACAAAUUCAGGCACAAACUGCGGUUCGGAAACGUCGUGUGAUGUAUGUGUUGAUUCUUAUGGUGAUUGUCUUCAUGACUUGCUGGACACCAAUUUCUGUUGUUAAUUUGGCAAAGGAUUAUGGUACUCAUUCGAAGUUUUUCAACUGGCUUCAGCAGAAAUUUGUGAGUUUUUAAUAUAAUUUUUUCAGGAAAUUGAGUUAGAUUUUUCAGAUUUCCCGACAAAUGUAUUUCAAAAUGUUGAAUAUUCAUUUUCUUGCAAUGACUUCUAUUGUUUCAAAUCCUGUCUUAUAUUUUUGGAUGAGUAAAAGACAUCGAAGAGCAUUAAAAGAUGAUAUGACGUGGUUAACAAAUGUAAGAAGACAUACAAAUGUUGGUGUAUUAUCUCGAUUCACACCAUCUCCUUCAGUUUCUGUUGUUUAUCGGAGAACAUUGGAACGACAUUUGGGAGUCAAUAAUUUCAGGUUAGUAAACUUUUACCAUAGAACAUAGAAAAAAAGAGCCAAAUAAAAAAUUGGUUGUCGGAUGCCAAAAUGGAUUAUCAUCAUCUGGUUGUUUGCCUUCGGGCACCGGCACUCUUCCUCAUUUGAUUGAAUGAUGAAGCUCACGCAACACUGAUUUUUGUCGUCUUCUUAUUCUUUCUUUUUCCCAAAACUUUUUCUGCUUUUUGAACAUGACAAGGGAUUAUCUGUGUGGACGUGUUCGGAAUGAAAAAAAAGAGAAAUGAAAAAAUCAAAAAUUAUUGCAGGCGGGGAACAUUAGCUGAUCCAACUUGUACUUCUCGAGAAAGACAUAUUCCACGUGAAUUACAAUCUAAUUGUUUCUUGUUAGUUCCAUUGAUGCCACUUUGUCAAUCUGUUACAAGGAAAAAUAGUCAUCUUGCUAUCAAUCGAGAUGGGUAUGAAUUUACUCACAAAAAAAAUGAAAAAAUUCAAUUGACUCACAUUUCAGAUUUGGUUUACCUCCAAGUCGUCGACCAAGUAGUGUGAACACAACAUCGACGAAAGAUUGGUAA